UUACAAUUGAACUAAAGCGCCUUUUCGAAAAUCUUUUAUUAUUACGGUGCAUAUCCAAUCCCGAGGUAAAAAUUUAUCGAUGUGUAUGGAUCGUCAUGAUACUGAGCAAUGUCAGCCCAAGAAUUUAAUAAUACAGCACGUUUGUCUUUUAUAAAAUCUUUUAUCCUCUUAAGUGACUAAGUUCAUAUUUGAAUCUAGUUUCCAUCCAACCAUCUUUGACUAUCGAUUAUCGAUAUUGCUACGGUAUCGUAGUUACAUUCACGACGAUACUCCUUAGAACAGUGUUUCUCAAUCAUUCGGUAGUUGCAGAACGUUAUUACGAGUUUAUGAAGAGUUUCUUUAAAAGAUGCGUGUGCGCUUAGAAUCAGAACAUGAAAAACGCUAAAGUUUCGCCUCUGUAAAAGUGCUCUGUGAUAUUACAUAUGUAAAAUAAUUAAUAUAGGGCUCAAAUUAUUUAUUCUAACCAGUUCUCCAUUUUCAUAAAUCAUUCAUCAAUCAAUCCUAUAUGACCAAAUUGUACAAUUUGGCAUAUAAUUAAUCGUAAUAUGUUUGAGUUGUUAUAUACAUACUGAAUAAAAGUACGAAAUGGAAUUUGAAGUACAAUUGAAUUUCCCUCUAUACAUACCCUUACCUCCGCCUUUAUUUUGCUUCUGAGUCAGCCCGCUUGUGGCGUUCCAAGGGGCCCCAUAAAACUUUGAGAAAUUUUAUCUAUUGCUGGUGCAUUUCUCGUUUUGUUUCAGUAUAAGUAGUUAUAUUUAGUUUUUUUUUUUUAAGUUCGAAUUGGGUGAAGUUUUAUGCGAUACUAGUAUACUAGCCAGCAAUGGUGAUUCAUUAACAAUAAUGAUUCAUUGUAUCUUACAUGUACACUGAAUUUAAUUGAAGGUAAACAAUAUUCAAUUAGUUACAAUAACUCAAUAACGCAAAAAAUGAGGAUCUUAAUUAGUUUUACGAUCUACCUUAGCAUACUACUGCAUUCCAUAACUUCUCUGUUAUGCGCAUGUUGUGUUAAUAUUUUUUAAAGUCACGCCCUCGUAGUUCACAUUUAUUAAAAACGAACUAUGUACUGUGAUAUUUUAUAUAAAAAAUCAUUAUUCAAGUAUAUUUGAAACAAGCUGGAAACAUAAUAAUAUAUCAACCAAGUCGAAAAACGCUUAAGAAUGUAUCGUAUACAAUUAAUUUUGACAUACACUCUCAUCGUUUCAAAUGGUGUAUUUUCUCAAAAUAUGAUAUAUGGAGAGAUAUUAUAUCAAUGUCCACAACAUUGGAUACAAUCUCACGAUUCUUGUUAUCGUUUUAUAAAGAGUCCUAUUAGAGAAAGGGAGGAAGCUAGAAGAAAUUGUCAGGCUUAUCAAAGUGAUCUUGUUACAAUUAAUUCUUUGGAAGAACAUGGAUUUCUAUUGUAUCAACUAUUGUGGCAAGAUCCUCAACAUCGUAAAUGGUACACUGGUAUAAAACAACAAAAUGGAAACUGGAUAAAUGAAGGUGAUAAUACUCAGUUGUUAAGUAUGGAUAAUGCAUUUUUGCCUGAACCAAAUGAUAAUGUAUUUGAUAGAGAUUAUCUAGUAUAUUCUUAUCAUAAUAACUUACAACGUUGGGGACUGGAGAAAGUAACUGGCAGAGAAAAAUUGUUAUACAUUUGCGAAGCUCCAAUUUCUACUUUGCACAAUUUACUGGAAGAUGAUCGUACUUAUCAAUAUGGUAUUGAAAUUGAUAAUCCUAAUAAAAUUCCCAGAGGUCCAUAUUUUAUUAAGCAACCUGUUGAUAAAGUAUUCGAUGUAUCAAAAAGAAAGAUAAGCAAUGAUGUUUCAUUGAGUUGUUAUGCAGGUGGUUACCCUGCACCAACAUAUGAGUGGUUUCAAGAAGAGUAUGAAAAUGAUAGACUCAUUGCAACAAAAAUAGACCCACUACAAAAUGUUAGAUAUACUGUAAGUGGUGGCACUUUAAUUAUUUACAAACCUGAUCAGACAGAAGACAGAGGUUCAUACCAUUGCAAGGCAACAAAUAAAUUUGGUACAAUUAUAUCUGAAAGCGUAGAAUUAUCGUUUGGAUAUAUAUUAGAAUUUAAUUUAAAACGCUCUGAAGAACGGGGAGACCAAAAUUGGGGCAAAGCUGUAUAUUGUGAUCCACCACAACAUUUUCCUGGAGUAAGAUAUUAUUGGGCACGCGACUAUUUCCCAAAUUUUGUGGAGGAAGAUAAACGUGUCUUUGUUUCUCAUGAUGGAGCACUUUAUUUCUCUGCAUUGGAAAUGAUUGAUCGUGGAAAUUAUUCUUGUAAUGUCCAAAGUGUUGCCUCUGAUACUGGUCGUAAUGGUCCAUUCUUUCCAUUGAGGGUUGAUCCACAUUCUUCAUUUCAACAGUUAAAGUUUCCCAACAAUUUCCCAAAAGCAUUUCCAGAGGCUCCAAUUGCUGGAGAAGAAGUAAGACUUGAAUGCAUUGCAUUUGGAUACCCUGUUCCAUCAUACAAUUGGACAAGGAGAGGCGCAUUGUUACCACGGGGAUCAUACUCAACUAGUUACAAUCGUGUAUUAAUAAUACCAAAAGUACAUGUUGAUGAUCAAGGAGAAUAUGUCUGCAGAGUUCACAACGACCGAUUGUCGAUUGAAAAUUCUGUAAGAUUAACUAUACAAGCAGCUCCAAAUUUUACCAUUCCACUAGUGGAUAAACACAUGGAUAACAGAGGAGAAUUAACUUGGACUUGCGAAGCGUUUGGAAUACCAGAUGUAACUUAUAAUUGGUUUAAAAAUGGUGAAUUAUUGGAUAUGGAAACGCUUCCUUCUGAAGAUAGAGAUCGAUACUCCAUACAAGAUAACGUUUUGAAUAUAAAAAAUUUGGACCCAGAAAGAGAUCCAGCUAUGUAUCAGUGUCGCGCGAAAAAUCAAUUGAAAACAAAAUAUUCGUCUGCACAACUUAGAGUUUUAUCAUUAAGACCAUCGUUUAAGAAACGACCUAUGGAACCCGAAACUUAUGCUGCAGAGAAAGGGAAUGUUACAAUUGUUUGCAAUCCUGAAGCCGCACCCAGGCCGAAAUUUGUCUGGAAAAAAGAUGGGAAUGUAAUUGGUUCUGGUGGAAGGCGAAGAAUUUUAGAAACCGGUAGUCUUAUUAUUAGUCCCGUUUCCAGAGAUGACGAAGGUACUUAUGUUUGCACUGCAACAAAUCAAUAUGGAUCUGAUGAAACGCGUGGGCGACUGAUUGUUUUACAUGGUCCACAAUUUGUGGAGAAAUUGCCACGCCGCAUUACUUCAGCGGUAAUGCAAAAUUUAACUUUGUGGUGUAUGGGGCAAAUAGAUGAAAUGCUAGAUGUUGCAUACAUUUGGAAACACGAUGGUCUACAUAUAAGAGAUGAAGAUGUAAUGAAUAAUCCUAGGUUGCAAAUUAAUGGUGAAGAACUAAAAAUAAUAAAUGCAACGUUCGCAGAAGCAGGAGAAUAUGAAUGCAUACUUAAAAGUGCUGUAGGUGAAAUUUCUAGCAAAACAAUAGUUACCAUAGAAGGUCCGCCAGGACCACCUGGAGGUGUGCAAGUUGUAAAUAUUAUGAAAACUUCUACAACUUUACGUUGGACAGAUGGUGCUUUAAAUGGUAAACCCAUUACUAUGUAUAGUGUAAUUGCGAAGACUAAUUGGAAUCAAACAUGGUUUAGUCUCAUUGAAAAUAUCACUGCCAUCGAAGUAGAUCGAUACAAUGGUCGAAAAGAAGCAUAUUUAGAAAAUGUUCUAAAUCCUUAUACCACGUAUGCAUUUUGUGUAUCUGCAUAUAAUGAAUUGGGAUAUAGUUUACCUUCAGCCCCUUCCCCACAAUACAGUACUCCAUCAGACACACCAACUAAAGUUCCAUCUAAUAUAGGUGGGGGAGGAGGAAAAAUUGGAGAUCUUACAAUUACAUGGGAUCCUUUACCUCCCUCUGAACAAAAUGGUCCAGGAAUCUACUAUAAAAUUUUUUGGCGUCAAAAAUAUCAUGAAACAGAGUUUCAGUCAUUAUCUUUGAAAGAAUAUGGUAAUGUUGGUAGAAGCGUCGUACAAAUACCGCAACAAUUCUAUUAUACAGAAUACGAAGUCAGAGUUCAAGCGGCUAAUGCAUUAGGUUUCGGACCAAUUUCUAAUACCGUUACGAUAUUCAGCGCAGAAGAUAUGCCACAAGUGGCUCCACAGCAAGUUCUAGCACAGAGUUAUAACAGUACUAGUUUGAAAGUUAGUUGGGCGCCAAUCGAACAAACUCGCGAGAGAAUACGAGGAAAAUUAAUAGGUCAUAGAAUAAAAUAUUGGAAAGAGAGCAAUCGAGAAGAAGAUUCGGUGUAUUAUUUAUCUCGAAGUACAAGACCUUAUGCUCUUGUUGUUGGUUUGCAACCAGAUACUUACUACUAUGUUAAAGUAAUGGCAUAUAAUUCUGCUGGUGAGGGGCCUGAAAGUGAACGAUACCUGGAGAGAACUUACCGGAAAGCACCACAGAAACCACCAUCUUCUGUUAAUGUGUAUGGUGUAAAUCCUUCUACAGUGAAAGUGGUUUGGCGUUACGUGCAACCAAGUCUAGAAGAAGAACCAUUAAUUGGAUACAAAAUACGUAUCUGGGAAUUAGAUCAAGAUAUGAGCACUGCAAACGAUACUAUUAUACCAAGUGGUUCAAAAUUAGAAGCUGAUAUUACUAAUCUCAGUCCUGGAAAGGCCUACCAUCUGCGUGUACUGGCAUUUAGCAAUGGCGGAGAUGGACGCAUGUCAAGUCCAACUUAUACAUUCCAAAUGGGCGACGCGGCAGCUUUUAGAAGUAGUGCUAGCAACAAAAUCUUAGAUGCUGCUCUAGGUAUAUCGUUGUUAUUAUUAUUACGCAUUUAUGAAUUUGUGUAACAUUUUUUUCGACAAUAUAUAUAUAUCGGACGUAUAGCAACAAAUUUUUAAACAAAUAGUUUAUCGGUCAUUUUUAUAUGGAUCAGUAACAUAUUAAUAACAUUUGUAUUGUUUUUAUCAUUAACUUAUUAAUUUAAUGACAUCUCAUAAAAAUUAUAGUGAUAUCACCGAUAACAGAAUAUUGUUGCUAAUAUUAGAAAUAUAAUUGAUACAUAGGAUUUUAAUAAAUCAUAACAAAUAAAAUUAAAGUUAAAGUAAUUCAUUUAAUUUGACACGUGACAAAACAAUUUCAUUCGUAUAAUAUGAUUAUUAAAAAGUACGAAAUAAUAUUAUAAAAUAAGAAUAAUUUUUAACUUUAAAAUCAUUAAAAUCUGAACAAUUGUAUUUGUUUUUUAAAAUGUUUAGAGAUUUAAUUCUUUUAGUUCAUCUAGAAGUAUCAGUUCAUAGUUAAACAUGACACAACUUAAGUUAUUAUAAUUUCUAAUUGCUGCUCCUUACCAGUAUUUGAAAGUUUUUUUAGGUUUUAUUUUGGUAAGAGUCUUUACAAAUUUUACAUAAGACAUUGCUAAUCAUGUUAUUUUGGUCCUUUUCAGCAAUAGAAAAUAUUUAUCUACACUGUAGUUUUUACAGAAAUUAUAACAGGAAUAUAAACUGAUUAUGAUAUACAUUUAUUAUUUAUAGUAGCCAUAUUUCUCUCUAAUAAGUAGGGAGAAUGAAAAUUAUAUUGAUAACUUGCAUUAUUUAAAAUAUUUUCAUCUUUUUUAUUCAUACUUUCAUUGAUUAUAUUAUUUUUAAAUAUUGGUUGUUUGGCACUUUUCAUCAAGUUUACUAUGUGUGACUUGCUUGUAUUACUUUAACUAAAUGUAAGUUGAAAAUUCAUAUAUAUAUUAAUUAUUCUUGGUAUAAAUGUGUAUUAUAAUUAGAUUAUGUUCAGCUUAUAAAUAGAUGUGUACAACUACACAGUUAUUCUAUUUAUUAUUAUUAUUAAGAAAUUUUAUUUUUUCUACAAGAAAAACAAUUUAACAAGAAAGCAAAUUUGUCCGUCCAUGAAUACCCAAAUAACAAAAUGUAAAUAUUUAUUAUAUUGGUAUUCGUUAACAAACUUUAAAUUACAAUAAUGGUAUUCCACUUGUAUGGAGAAAAAUCAUAUACUUUGUGAAAAUAAUUCUAUACAAGAAUGUAUGAGAAGUUUACCAAUCUUUUAUCUGUUACUGCAUUAUCUAAGAAAUUUGUUAUUUGGGUAAUUUUACUUAACUCUCGAACGAAUUGUACGUUACGUAGAAUAACAAAUGUUUAUAGAUAUUUACCUCUACCAGUAUAAUUUGUAGUUUAUAAAAAAACUAUAAAUAUCUUUUUGUAUUAAUGUAUUACUAAACAUAAAGUCGCAUGCAAUAUAUGUUUUUUACAAAGGAA